UCAUCCUGAGGGAAAAUGGGUGAAUUCCUCACAUUUGGGGUGUUUCCCCUGGGUGUUAACACUGAGGGGGGUUUAGUAGCAGGUAGCAAAAAGACUACAUUUUGUUAGCUAAAUUAAUUCCUAAAUUGCUGCUUGAACUGUUACUCUGUCCAGAGAAAGUUCACCAGGUGUUCUGGUUAUGUCAGAGUUACCCAGACUCAGAGAAUUCCCAGAAAAGUGACCUGAAUGUGGAUCUUACUGAAUUAGGAUUUUCCUGAAGCCAGGGCAGUGCUUUGCACGCCUAGGAAAGUUUUUGAUGUCAUUUAGAAGUUUCUGAAAUGUGUGUAGGGAUAUUUAACUUUGUUAGGCCUGAAUAAAAACUGGGAGAGGGCUUUGGGAUUGAAGUGAUUUGCUAUUCAAGCAGUUUGAUGUUGGAUGGGAGGUAGGUUCAAGCUGUCACCACAAAUCCAAACCUUGCAGAGAUGCUUUGAGCACUAUUACUGUGCCCUACAGCCUGGGUUGGCAGGAGGGAUGUCCUAAAAUUUAAGUUGAACUGUGAGUUUUCCGUGUAUAUUUUUGCCUGAUAAAUGUCCCUGUCACCAGCAGGUGGCUUUAUCCCUAUUUCUGAGCACGUUUCUCCCCAUUUCUGUGCUGUGCCAGCUCAGCUCUGGGUUUGUGACAGCCUCAGAGCAGAGUCUGGGGUGUAAUUUCAAUGCUUUAAUCUGAAUUUCCUGCACAGAGGGCUCACUUCACAGGCACAGGGAAUGCUGAGGGGGGACAAAUGUUCCUCCAGUGCCUAAAGGGGGCUCAUAAAGGGAGGAGAGGGAUUUUUAUAUGGCAGGACAAGGGGAAUGGCUUUGAACUGGCAGAGGGCAGGGUUGGGAUGGAUACUAAGAGGAAAUUCUUUAUUCAGAGGAGGUGAGGCCCUGGCACAGAGCAGCUGGGGCUGCCCCUGGAUCCCUGGAAAUGUCCAAGGCCAGGCUGGACGGGGCUUGGGGCAGCCUGGGGCAGGGGAAGGUGUCCCUGCCAUGGAAGGGUGACACUGGAUGGGAUUUAAGGUCCCUUCCCACCCAAACCACCCCAUGAUUUCUAUUAUGGAUCCAUAAAGCAUCCCUGGAGCUGUUCUGUGAACAACAGACUGAUCCUCCAGUAGCAGAGGAGGUGCUGCAUCUCCAGAGGUCCCUGAUUGCCUGGAUCCAUCCAUCCAUCCAUGUGGGAUGUGUCUGAGGGCUGUGGAAUCCCACUGGGGGUCUCAGCAGGACCCUCCCCGCCUUCCUGUGACACAAAUAAUGACUCUGCUCAGGGAGUGUGUGUUCUCCCUGCCCUCUGGGGAGCUGCCAGGCCCCGGGAGGUGUCCUGGGGGUGCUGGCAGCCGCCUGUGCCUGUGUCCAGGGGCUCUCGCUGAGCUGGGCUGAGCUCCUGCCACAGCACAGAUAAGGAGCUGCUCACGCCUCCUGCUGCUUUUAUCUCUCGCUGAGUUCUCUCUCCCUGCUGGCCCCCCACACCUCCUUUGCCAUUGGUGUGGGGACAGCAGGACAUUUUUACAGGGAGAAGGGAUAAUUCACGUGUUGGUGCUUCAUGUAGCCGAGCUCACGAUGCCUUCCCGUUACCUCAACUUCCGCUGCAGCGUGCCCUGGCUGAUCCUGUCUCUGCAAACUCUCUUCCUCAUCCGCUCUUUCUUUGUCUUCCCAGGUGUUGGUGACAUCUACUCCCCAUCCAAUUUCUACCCAGAAUUUCAAGAUGUCAACCACAUGGUCAUUUUUGGAUUUGGCUUCUUCCUGAUAGUUCUGAGAAGAUAUGGCUUUAGCAGCAUUGGAUUCAACCUCUUGCUGAUUGUUCUUGGUGUCCAGUGCUCUGUGCUGGUAGAUGAUUUAUUAGUUUUCCUUAGCCUACAGCAAAGAGAAAUUGGCAUGAGAAGUCUGGCAAAGGCUGUGGUGAGCAUGACUGCUGUGGCCAUCUCCUCUGGGGCUGUGCUGGGGAAGGCCAGCCCUGUGCAGUUAAUUGUGAUGACCCUGGUGGAAUUAAUCAUUUUCUAUGUGAGCAGAUGCAUCAACAGGACACUCCUGCAGGUCCCAGAGCACCUCACCCUGAUGCACGUGCACCUCUUUGGAGCCUACUUUGGUCUGGCAGUCACCUCCCGCUUCCCUGCGCCUGCCCCAGGGCUGGACAAGCACAGGAGCACCCCAAAGUCAGACCUGUUCUCCAUGCUGGGCACUGUGUUUGUCUGGGUGUUCUGGCCAAGCUUCAAUUCUAUCCUGGCUGACUCCAAGAAGCAAGCAGUGCUCAACACUUACUUGGCCCUCGCAGUGAGUGCUGUGGCUGCCUUCAUGUUGUCUGCUCUGACCUCCAAGGAUGGCAAGUUCAGAAUGACUCACAUCCACAGUGCAGUCCUGGCUGGAGGGGUCACCAUCAGUUACACAGCAUCCAGAAUCCUGCAGCCUUGGAUUGCCAUGAUUCUGGGGCUGCUUGGCAGUGUCAUCACCAUCCUGGGAUCUCACUCUUUACAGAGGUGCUUUAAUCGUGCUUUGAAGAUUCAGGAUACUUGUGGAGUUCAUUUCACUUUUGGUUUGCCUGCUGUGCUUGGAGCUGUGGCUGCUGUUAUUCUCCUUGUCAUAGAAAAUGGGAUUCAUAAACAAUGGAGUAAUUUAUCCAGUCUGGGCUAUUUGAUCUUUGUUGACGUUGGUGCCUUCUGCCAGACCAUCAGCACUGCCUUGAUAACAGGUUUGAUUACAGGUUUAAUCUUAAACAUCAAACUGCUCAAAGCUGUGCACGUCUCAAAGUACUUCGAUGACCAAUUUUACUGGGAGUUUCCUCACUUGUCUGUUGGAUUUUGAGUGGAGGAUCCCAGCUGACUGACCAAGAUUUUCCUCUUUAUCACCAAAAAAACUGAACAGCUACAAUGGGUUCAAAGAGCACUGAAAUACCAAUUCUGAGGCCCACAAAAGCCACUCCAAAUGGACACUCAAAAAUCAAACUGUUCCAGUUAUUCUUGAAAGAUAAAAUGUAAAUUCACAGAUGCAAACUUCAGAUGCAUUCAGCUUUUCUACUUUAUUUGCCUUAAAUAUUUUCCUUAAAUAUUUUCUUGUAAGAUAUGUACAAAAAGAGUUGGCUGCAUUCUUGGCUUAUCAAUCCAAAUGCUUGGAAACGCUGAACUGUGUUUAAGCUCCCGAGUUUAAAAGGCAAAAUGAUGGAUUUCAAAGUGUAAUUUCUCAAGGAGCACUUCUUCUCCAGCAAAAUACUCAGGUUUUUAAGUUGAAUUCAUUCUUCUGAAGGCCUUGACAAGCCAGGAUUUGAUGAGUGAGCUGGAGCAGGCCCAGAGCUCUGCAUCCUGCCAGACUGGAACUCCUGGAAAAAUCUGGGAUUACUUGGCUGGGGCUGGAUGUUGGGAGGUUGUGAUGGCAGAAAGUUCAGCUGUGGAUGGUGCUCCUGAAAGUUUUGCUGCCAGAUGUAAAACACAAACAGAGCUCAGGCAGGGGCUGGGAGGGGAGAGCCUGGCCCAGCACCCAAUUUUGGAAGUGCAGAGGAUUUUCUGCCAGUGAACCCUGCUUUUUGAAAUGGAUUGUGAUCCUCAGUGUCUCUUACUCUCAGAAAUAGCUGGCACAGAAAAUCUCCCAGCAGUGCUUACCUAAUAAAGGAGUGAAAACGUG